AUGGCGCACGGCGGCCAGCCCCGCCGCGCCCCGGCCGCACGCCGCCCCAAGCCUUCCGCGUCCGCGCCCGCGCCCGCCGCUGACCGGAAGCGGAAGCGCGCCGCCGUCUUCAAGACCGUCACGCUCAAGAACCAGAUUCGCUCCACCGAGCGCCUCCUCCGCAAGGACCUUCCUAAUGACAUGAGGGUUGCUCAAGAGAAGAAAUUGGAAGAACUAAAGAGACAGCAAGAGAAACAGACUCAAGAGGCCAUGCAACGCACAAUACAGUUGAGGGAUAGAAAGAUAAAGUUUUUUGAGAGGCGAAAGAUUGAGAGGAUGAUAAGGCGUCUUGAUAAACAGCAACGUUUAAAUGCUGAUGAGGCCAGCAACAAGUUGGCAACAUUGCGAGAAGAUCUUGAAUAUGUUAGAUUUUUCCCAAAGAAAGAAAAAUAUUUCCCUUUAUUCACCGGGGGUAAUACACCAGAUGUUGUGGAGAAAAGGAAUGCAUGGCGUAAACAGAUCAAGGAGAAUCUCAUCGCGGCGGCAGCAAAUGGAAAGGACCUAGAAGAGACAGCCAGUGACGAUGACACCUUGGAUGUGAGUGAAGAUGAUUUCUUUAUGUCUGGAAGUUCAAGUGAUGAAGAGGCAGAUGAUGAGCUUACCGAUAAAAGUACAAAAGAACCUGGUGCUUCAGGUAGGGCAGCGUCUGGUAUGUCGAGUGAUGAAAAGAACCAGCGGCAGAGAGAUGCUCGGGUGCUUAUGCCACCACCUCGCUCAUUACCACCUAAUAGAGCUAGAUCUGCGGAUAAACGUGCGGUGUCCAGCUCUAGCAAUGCUUCGACCAGCACAAGCGGUAACUCAUUCAAAAAUAGGAAAGCAUCCAAUCUUUCUGGAGAUCACAACAGCACUCUGAGUUCAAAUUCUGAUGCUCAUAAGCCACGCCGCAAAAGGAGACCGAAGAAAAAGAAGCAGGAUGAAUGA